ACGAGCGCGCGCUUUCGAACGACGCGUUCGCAGCCGCGAGGGACGAUCAGUCUGUUCUCCACGUUCUCCACGCAAGGACGAUUCGUUCCUCGGUUCUCUCGAACUUUGACCGGCCUCUCGCUUUACUUAUCGUUUUUUCCUUUCCUUUUCAACUUUUUUCUCCUUCCUUCCCUCUCCGCUCUGCCGUUUCAUUUUCUUCCGCGAAAAGUGAUUGCGACUAACUGAGAUUAAUAAGAAAGAGCUUGGGAUAUUCUUACGUCACAUACCUCGUGCCAAUUUCUUCUCUUAGUUCUUUGAUAACACCAACUAAUUGUAAGUAUCUCGUUUAAACGACCACGCGAUAAUAUUCGCGCGAAAUUUCAAAAAGAGAAGAGAACAGUUUUUCGUCACAAAAACGAAGCAAGUAUCGAUGUUUUAUAUUCUCCAUUUUUAUGUCUCCAAACAAUCGAGGAAAAUUAGUUUCGCGUAGACGUGCUUAGUGAUUUUCAUUUCGACCAGUUUUCCCGCCACUGCCGAGAGAGAGAGAGAGAGAGAGAGAGAGGGAGAGAGAGGGAGAGACACGAAAUGAUCCGUCAAUGUGAAUAGAAAUAAUCAAGAAAAGAGAAAGGAGGAAGCGUUAUUGCAACGAUAAAAGAAAUACGAAAGAAAGUGAGAUAGCGAAAGAGAGAAGAAAACAACGGCAAAUGAAUUUAUUCGAACGGUAGUAGGAUCGGUCGGUGAUGACCGAAUCGUCGAUCGAAUUCUACCUUUUCGUCUCGUUAAUUCGAUCGAUCGACGCGAGAUGAGCUUCAAGAUGGAGAUCAUCCUGUCGAUACUGUGCUUAACGGCGGCAUGUCUCGUUGACGGUCGGGCCGUUGACAAGGAUUCAUAUCAAUUUGAGGAAACGAAACAUCAUCGACAUCAUCGUCGUAAAAGAUUUACCAUAGAGGAGCUGACCAACACGAGAUUUCCUCAUGCGAUUACCGGCGACCUGGACAUCGAUGUCUGCAAGGCAGGUGCAUUUCUCGGUGACAUAGCACUGCCGAAUAUAAAAUACGAAACAGAAUGGCGACAACAAAAAUUGAACAAGUCCUAUCUCGAGGAAUUGGAGAAAUACAGAGAGGAGGUUUUAAAGGAGGGUCUUCAAGUAGAAGAGGAAGGACUUACCGAGAUCCUGCAGUUCAAAAACGAACACGAGGCGAACAACGAGGCAAACAACGAGGCCAACAACGUGGCCCAUCGGGAGGAAGGAGAGAGCUUGCUCUCUCGCGGGAAAUCCGACCCGAUCAUGGUGGACCGCAAUCAGUAUAGCAUGGGUGCUGAAUUUGAGGAUGAGUUUAGCUUCAACGUUAGAAACGAGAAUACUAAUCCUGAAAUAAAAGAGGAGGGUAUCGAGAUCAGAUUAGAAUCGACGACUCUCCCGGCGAAAAAGAGGCACUCGGCUCAUCGACAGAAUUAUUUGACGAUUAGCGAAAGUUCUAACGUUGGAAAAGGAAAGAGCAAGCAAACGACUCCGAGACAACCCGACGACGUAGAUUUCUCGAUCGGCUCGACAACGGUAAAGUCUGGAAAUGGGCAAGAAGGUAACAGCGCUACCGGAGGCUAUACAUCUACGAUCAGAGCAGAAACGACGACGCAGGAAAGAUCGAAACAACGGCAUCGUCGUCAUCAUCGUAGAAGAGGUUCUCGAGGACGAAAUCACCGCAGGAAGAUUGUCCCUUUGCCUCGGGACACGACGAACGAUGUCUCGGACGAGCUCGUCUCGCUCCACGACCGUCGACUACGGUCCAUCGAGUUUUACGACAUGGACCACAAACCGAAGUAUCUUGCGAACAACGAACGAGGUACCGAGCCCCUUCUUCUAGUCCACGAUUUUCCAACGAGAAGUCGAAGAGCUGCGACUGCCAGAAAGGAACGUGUCUGGGAUCACGGAGUCAUACCUUACGAGAUAGAUGGAAACUUUUCCGGAGCGCACAAAGCACUUUUCAAGCAGGCCAUGAGACACUGGGAAAACUUUACUUGCGUCAAGUUCGUCGAGAGAGUGCAACGGGAACAUCCCAAUUAUAUUCUAUUCACCGAAAGACCCUGCGGAUGCUGUUCCUUUGUUGGGAAAAGAGGCAACGGACCGCAAGCAAUCAGUAUCGGAAAAAACUGUGACAAGUUCGGUAUAGUCGUUCACGAAUUGGGCCACGUCGUUGGGUUCUGGCACGAGCACACCAGGCCGGAUCGAGAUCGACACGUACAAAUCAUUCGUGACAACAUCAUGAGCGGUCAGGAAUAUAACUUUAACAAAUUGACGGAAGAAGAAGUUAACUCGUUAGGUCUGCCAUACGAUUACGAUUCCAUCAUGCAUUACGCCAAGAACACGUUUUCUAAGGGCAUCUACUUGGAUACGAUUUUACCUAUAGAGAACCAUGGAAAAAAACGACCCGAGAUCGGUCAAAGGAUAAGACUAAGCGAGGGUGAUAUCGCUCAAACUAAUCUUCUUUACAAAUGCCACAAAUGUGGCAGAACCUUCCAAGAGAACAGCGGGAGUUUUGGUUCCCCGACUCAUCCGAAUAGUUCCCCAGGAAUCGACGGAGAAAGAUGCGAGUGGAGAAUCACUGCUACGCACGGAGAAAGGAUCGUCCUUAAUAUUACCUCCUUGGACGUCUUUAAGAGCGAUUAUUGCCGCACCGAUUAUCUUGAAAUUCGCGAUGGAUAUUGGUACAAAAGUCACGUACUAGGUCGUUUUUGCGGAAGCGGGAAGAUCCAUGAACCAGUGGUGUCUACCGGAAGUCGUAUGCUCGUAACCUACGUUACUUCCGAACGACAAAGCGGGCAUCGUGGUUUCACGGCCAGUUACGAAGCUGUUUGCGGCGGGGACGUCGAAUUGGAUGGCGUUGGUCAUCUAGAAUCACCGAAUUACCCCGAAGAAUAUCAAUCCAGCAAGGAAUGCGUUUGGAGACUUUCCGUGCCGCAGGAUUAUCAAGUUGCUUUGAAAUUUCAAUCCUUCGAAAUCGAGAAUCACGACAAUUGCGUGUACGAUUAUGUCGAAGUACGCGACGGUCACAAUGCUGAUUCCCCUUUGAUCGGAGUCUAUUGCGGCUAUAAGAUACCGCCUGAUAUCAAAUCAACUGGCAAUAAAUUGCUCGUUAAAUUCGUUAGCGAUGGAUCCGUGCAGAAAGCUGGAUUUUCGGCAACUUUUAUGAAAGAAUUCGACGAGUGCGAAUUGACCAAUCACGGCUGCGAACACGACUGUAUAAAUACUCUCGGUGGAUUCGAGUGUUCUUGCAAAAUCGGCUACGAAUUACAUUCCGAUGGGAAACACUGCGAAGACGCAUGCGGUGGUAUUUUCGACGAUAGCAACGGUACGAUCACCAGUCCCUCCUUCCCCGAGACUUAUCCGGGAAACAAAAAUUGUAUUUGGGAGAUAAUAGCACCGCCGCAAUAUCGUAUCACUUUGAAUUUCACUCAUUUCGAUCUCGAAGGCAACAAUGCCUAUCAGCAAGAAUGCGAGUACGAUUCUUUGGAAAUAGCGAGCAAACUCGGUGACGAUAUUCUCAGGAAACAUGGAAUUUUUUGCGGUAUCAGGUUACCAUCGAUGAUCACGUCGGAAGGCAAUUCCAUGAGGAUCGUAUUCACCUCGGAUAACAGCGUGCAAAAGACUGGCUUCGCCGCGGUCUUUUUCACGGACAUGGACGAGUGCGCAAACAACAAUGGUGGUUGCCAGCACGAGUGUAAGAACACGAUAGGCUCCUAUCAGUGUUCCUGCCACAAUGGCUUUACGCUUCACGAAAAUGGCCACGAUUGCAAAGAGGGUGGCUGCAAGUACGAGAUUACGGCGCCCGUGGGCACCAUUACGUCGCCCAAUUUUCCCGAGUAUUAUCCUGGCAGAAAAGAUUGCGUUUGGCAUUUCACUACCAAACCGGGACACCGUAUCAAACUGGUCUUCAAAGUAUUCGAGAUGGAGUCUCAUCAAGAGUGCGCUUACGAUCACAUCGCCAUUUACGACGGGGAUUCGCCAGAAAGUCACACGCUUGGUCGCUUUUGCGGUACCAAGGAACCUCAUCCGAUCUCGGCAACCGGUAAUCAAAUGUACAUGAUCUUCAAGAGCGAUGCCUCCGUUCAAAGGAAAGGUUUCCAAGCCAUGCACAGUACUGCGUGCGGAGGAUACCUGAUGGCAACGGAUAAGGUGAAACAUCUCUAUUCGCACGUCAGAUAUGGAUAUAGCAAUUACGAUCACGGGACCGAUUGUGAUUGGACUAUCGAAGCACCCAUCGGAAAGAACGUUCACCUUUCUUUCUUCUCUUUCCAAUUGGAAUAUCAAAGCGAGUGUGGUUACGAUUUCGUAGAGAUAUUCUCGGGUUUGGAUGCCUCGAAUCCAUCCUUUGGUCGGCUCUGCGGCAACUUGAACAAAACUGAUUACGUAUCGACGAGCGAGGCACUUUUGGUAAGAUUUCGAACGGACGACACGAUAUCGUUCAAAGGGUUCGUUGCCAUUUUCGUAGCUGUAGACCGGCAAGACAGCGACGAGAGUCAUGGGGGCGAAGACGACGAAGACAACGAAAAUCUCUGAUCCGUCGCCGGCCUCGUCAAUCGAUUGGGUUACGGCUUUUGAAGACCGACCCCUGCGAUAGAUCCUUUCAAACGAACAAUCGAAUCUCUUUCGAUCGUCGAGGUCUCCAAUUCUCAAUAAUAUUACCCACUUUUUUCUCUAUUAUUCAUUUUUACUUAGGAAAAAUAAUCCAAUGUGUCCCAGUAUUUCAUUAUUCCAAACUCACGAGUCAGUAGAGACGAUCUACGAGUCAUUUAAACGCAUAUCACCUGCCAAAAAUCUCUAAUACUCGAAUCGUCCAAAAUAAUGUCUACGUGUGGAAAAUUAUUUUUCUUCAACGAGAUACAUGGCUCUCAUUACUAUACAUAUUUAAACUAGACAUAUCGAGUACUAGCUAUACUAAACGUAUAAUUGUAACAAAGAAAGAACAAAAUGUCGAACGAUAGGAAGAGUAGAAAUUCUUUGAAAAUGUCGGUACUCGAAUUUUUCAACAUUCUGAAUGUUCAAUCUAAAAUUGGAAAGGAUGAACAAUGGUAAGAUGUAAAAUAACGAAUGGCCAAACUGCCAUUGAUUAUACUUAACUUGUAUUGUUAUCGACUAGCGUUUACGCGAUGUCUUUUUUCGCGACUAACUAAUUGUACUUGUCUUAAAUAGUAUAUAUAUAUAUAUAUGAUAGUAGUUCAUAUAUAUAUAUGAACUUCGGCCUAUUAUACGGCCAAUUAACGUGCCAUGUAUAUUUAGUUAUAAAUCCACGUUUAUCCGAAUAUUAAUUAAUUCCUUGUCCCAAAAAGAUACAAAGUUGAUUUUUUCCCAAAAAAAAAAAAGAAAGAACAAUUUUGAAAAGACGAAGAUGAUCGUCCAACGAUCUUCGAAAUAACUUUCGAUCGUUUUCCUUAUCUAUCUUCCUCUAGAUCAUUUUUCACCACUGCCUCGAGAUCAUAGCAACGAUCGACUCCAGAUUUCUUUUGGUGUACGAAUAUUUAACGAACAUGUCUAAAAGUAUACAGUGUCACAAGAGUAUUCAUACGUUCUCUUUCAAUUUUAAAUAAUAGAAGAAGGAGAAGAAGAUAAUUUUACAUAAAUGAUACAAAUAUUUGUCUCACUAGAGUAUGGUCAAUCGUUUUUGAAAACCAUAUAAAUUAUUUCAAAUUGUCAGUGGAGAUGGGUACAAAUAUUCUUAUGAAUCGCUGUAUAUAUUUAGUCUAUUUUUAUUAUUAUUUUUCAAUAAAUUUUCAAACGGCACACAUUUCAAAUGUGUUUAAUCUUCCAACAUGUUCAACAUAUAUAUCAGACGACUAAUACGACUUAAAUUUAUUCUGUAUAAUAUAGAUGUCAUUUUAUGAAAUAAUCUACAUACCGAUCGUAAUUAAAAAAAAAAAGAAAAUCUUGCGAUUGAUUAAAAAAAAUUUUUAAUCGGACAUCGUAUGUUAUACAUAUAUAUAUAUAUAUAUGUAUCCUUAAAAAUACACAGAACUUCGUUGUAAAUAAUAAUGUUUAAUCGUAGAUACACUUUCGCGACGUUUUAUAGAUGGUUUUAGAUUAUCUAACUUCUUAUCCUCUGUCGAACAAAAUCGAGGAAACAAAUUUUCUUAAUAAUUAAUGUUUAGAAUAAAAAAACAGCAGUGUUUCAAUGGCAAUAAAAAAAGAAGAUGAAUAAAGAAUACAAACAAAUAAAGAAGAAGAAGAAAAAGAUGAGACAAUUAUUCCGCAAUUCGAAUGAUACUCUAUUAUGUAUAAUUAAUAAUUAUCUGUUUAUUUAUUUUAAAAACUAAGAAAUAGAAAAUGAAAAAAUGUGGAGUUUAGAAAAAGCAAAGAUGAAAAACAACUUAUUGAAAAAAAUCUCGGAUUCCAGAUUCCGUCGACCAUUUUGAUGUAAAUAGCGCACUAUCUUCUCUUCUCGUGUCCUUCUCAAAAAUAAUAUCCUUAUCUUUAUCAUUUUUAAUGCUAAGAUAUAUAGAUAGAUAGAUAUAUAUUUACUAAUAAAGAUUCUUCCCCUCUCAAUCGAGUCAAAAUUUUCGAGAUUACAAUUGAAACAUUAUCGCGUACGUAGAAUUUAGAAUCUAGAUUUAUUCGCGCCAGUAUAUGUGAGUUAAGAAUUAUAUAUAUAUAUAUAUUAUGUAUUUAUAUACAAAUAUAAAUAUAUAUGUAUGUGUGUGUGUGUGUGAACACGCAUGGAUUAAAAAAAAAAAAAUAAGAAAAAAACCUCUAUCCUUCAAAGGAACAUUGCAUAUAGUCCAUAGAGAUCGAUCAUGAAUGUAUGUAGAGAACAUUUAUUGCGAGAUAUAAUUGUAAGAUGAAUUGGUCACAUCGAGUUCCUUUUUUGUAAAUUAUAUGUGAUUUCGCUCUCAGAAGAAAGAAAGAACAAAAGAAAAAGAAGAAAUAAUGGAAAAAGACAAAAUAAACGUUGCAAGUAUUGUAACUCUUAUCUCGAUCACAUUAUAUUAUACUAUAUUAUUAUAUGAAUAUGUAUUUAUAUAUGUGUAUAUGCAUCUUAUGAAUACGAGUUAAGGAUUACAAUUUUAUGUAACACUCGUUAUCACAGGUCGACUUAUCGUACUUCUCUAUCGCCCAACAAAUACGUCACUUUUAUUUCAAGCAAUAUUUCUUCAAUAAAACCGAUUGACGAAUUUUCCUUUU